AUGAAACUUUUGUGGUGUUUAAGUUUUUGUUUCUACCAUCUCGCCGAGGCAGCUCGUAGAGAAAAGAAAGUUAUUCACUACGUAACGAAUGUGACUCACGCUCUUGCCGCACGCCGUACAGGGACAUUCAUCUGUUGGUUGCUUCAGUUCAGCCGUACACAAUCUGCAGAACAGCUGUAUAACUCUUUGAUCAGAGGACUUUCCGUAGAUGAACGAGUAACGAUUCUGCAAGCUGAUCACACCACCAUCCACAACUCUACGUACCGUGUACCAAACAUGGUCGCCAUUACGCUCGAUGUACUGGACGAGGACCUUGAUGUGGAUAAUAUCAACACCUGGCUUCAAGGGAUUCCCGUCGUUUGCUUCGUGAUACUAUUGUUCAUGCACACAUUCGGCGAGUUAGUAGUGCCAAUUGCAAACACCUUCGAAACGCAUGCCAUACUCAACUUCAUCAUGAUCGCCGUAAAUGAGGAUUUAAUGUACACGUUUCAUAGCACGCCACCGCAAGCGAUUGUACACACGGGAUAUCCAUCCCCCGAAACCAUUCUAUACGAUCGGUUAGGUGCAUUAAAGGUGGGCGAAAUAUCUGCGGCAUACAUUAAAGACAUAUACACUUACCCAUUCGAAGAUGCCAUUCCCGGAGAAGAUAUCCAGCUGUUUAAACUAUUCUUCCAAACGCUUGGUGUGCAGCUAAAUAUGAACGAAAUGGACUGUAAACUGUGGGACUCUUAUGUGCAAUGCUUGAACAACCAACAGGACAUUGUUAUAUUUGUGAAUCGCUUUAUGCCGUUCUGGUACUCGGGUUUGCUGAUCGAUGCGAUCGAAAUGAACAAGUACGGUUUAUUUGUUCCAAGCGGUCGACUUCUUACCAUCAUGGAAAUCUUUGCAUUGCCUUUCGACAUGGGCGUGUGGAUAUUCGUGGCCAUUUUGUGCAUAUUGUUUUACCUCGCACACCAUUUCAUUCCCACACUGUUCCAGAACAAUCUGAUCCUGGUCGCGCUAUUCGGCUGGGAAAAACGUAAGUUGCGCUUGAGUGGUCUGUGCGAAAAAUUGUUCGCGAUCGCUUUGAUCGUACUGUUUUUCCAGCUGAUGUGCGUCUACGAAACAAUCAUUAUCGCGAGCAUGAUAAACCGACCGGUCCAGCAAAGCCCAGAAAGUGUUGCGGAUUUCCUUACUACCGAUGUAGAAGUAUUGUAUGACUCGAGAAAGAUAGACAUUGAAAAUUUCAAAAUGAACGUUAAUGGUAUGGCUUUUAGAUCAGCUAGCAAGUAUGCAGCGCUGGAAAACAAGGCAUAUUUGAGUAACCUCAAUUCGUUGGAGCUCCUGUCAAAGGAUGUUACGAACAACGAUCAUUUUACCAAUCGACCUCGACACGUCCUGUUGAAGCAAACCGUUUGGGAAAGUAUGGCUUUCUACUUGUUUCGAGAGAAAUCUAUAUUUGCUCACCGGUUCGCCAGAUUUCGACGGCUGGCGUUUGAAGCAGGCCUCCAGCGUCAUUGGAGACAGGAGUUAUUGUUGUAUUUCACGCGCAAACAAAAUUUAGCCUACCACAGCAUGAUUGAUCGCGAAAGUAACAUCUUAAAGUGGGAUAAAAUUUCACCCAUAUUUACAUUGCUGUUGAUCGUUUGGAGUGCAUCGAUGCUAGUGUUUGUUAUUGAAAAUUGUGUUUUCAUACUUCAAAUUAAAUAUUGCGCUAGACAGCGCUAG